CACGGGUUGAGAAGUCAGUGUUGUGUGGUUUACAGUACAGUGCAAGAUAACGAAUAAUUAUGUUCGCCAAGAUCGUAGCUCUUUCUGCUCUCGUAGCAUGCAGUCAAGCAGGACUUAUUGGUGGAGGACAUGGAUAUGGGCUUGCUGCAGCUCCAAUCGCUAUCGCCCAUGCUGCCCCAGUACACCAAUCUGUUGACUAUUACGCCUACCCCAAAUACGAGUUCAACUACGGAGUAGCCGACGGCCACACCGGAGACCACAAGUCCCAAAAGGAAGUCCGCGACGGCGACGUAGUCAAGGGUUCCUACACCGUAGCCGAACCCGAUGGUACCCUACGUACCGUCCACUACACCGCUGACGACCACAACGGCUUCAACGCCGUCGUAACCAGAUCCGGACACGCUGUGCACCCCCAGGUGGUCACCAAGUCCAUCGCUGUCGCUCCCGUCGCCAUUGCUGCUGCUCCCAUCGCUCUUGGUCACGGAGGUCUUGGAGGACUUGGUCAUGGAGGACUUGCAGGACUUGGUCAUGGAGGUUACUCGCUCGGCGGACACGGAUACCAUUGAAUGAUCUCGAAUGCUUAGAAUGUUGCUCAUUUGUGUAUAUACCUCAUGUUUGUUUUGUUAGUUUUCUCAUAGCCUUUGUCUUCACGCCAUAUUUAUUUUUGUGUACUCG